AUGCAUUGUUUAGGGUUUAAGUAUCCAGUCAGAAAAAAAAAACGUAUUUUCUCUUCCAACUGUCCUUUGUCUCACUCAUCAUCACAUCAUAGGUUUACACAUAUCUCUCUCACACACGCGAGAAAGAAUAAAAGAAAGAUGGCCACGCAACGCAAAACCGCCGUCGUGAUUCGGGCGCAAAAGACUCAGCUCCCGAACCUCUCCAUCUCCAACCUCGCCGCGAAGAAGCAAGAAGAACCGAAGAAAGUGAACUUUGGCGAAGUGAUGAAAAAAGCGUCGCAGAAAGCAUUUCGAGGCGGCGUUGCCGGGUUUGCAGCCGGGGUUAUUCAAGUCGGGUCUUUCAUGUGGAUGCGAACGACGAUGAACUACCAGUACGCCAACGGCGGGACGUUAGGGAACGCCUUGAAAACGUUGUAUAAAGAAGGCGGCAUUAAGAGAUUUUACCGAGGUUUGCCGUACGCGAUUAUUCAAAAUCCAAUGUCCAGAUUUGGCGAUACCGCGGCAAACACCGGGAUUUUGGCCGCGUUGGAGGCGUUUUAUCCGCAAAUGCCGGUGCCGGUGAUGACUGGUUUCGCCUCCGCCGGCGGGGCCUCGUGGAGAAUCUUCUUGACGCCGGUGGAUACGUUUAAGACGACGUUGCAAGUGCAAGGUUCGGGCGCGUUGGAGUUGUUGAAGAACAAGGUGAAACAAGGUGGGGUUGGCGUGUUGUAUUCCGGCGCAGCCGCGAACUUUGCCGCGAACUGGGUCGGGAACUACCCGUGGUUUGCCACGUUCAACUAUUUGCAAGCGAACGUGCCGAAGAUGGACGGUACGGCUGGUUUGGCCAGAAACGCGGCGAUUGGCGCCACAGCUUCUAUCGUAUCCGAUUGCGUCUCAAACUCUUUGAGAGUCGUGAAAACGGUCAAGCAAACGAACGCGGACGCGUCGUUAGGGUACGGGGACGUCGUGAAACAAAUCAUCGCCAAGGAUGGCGUCAAGGGUUUGUUCGGGAGAGGUUUACAAACGAGAAUGUUGACCAACGUGAUGCAAUCGAUGGUGUUCUCGGUAUUUUGGAAGGCGAUCGAGAAGUCUUUGAACGACAGAGCCGCGGCGAAGGCGAGCGCGCAAGCGAAAGGCGGAAAGAAGAAGAAGGCGAGCUUUACGAUGGCGCACGCGGAUGCGUUCGGGUUGCCGCCGUUGAUGAAGAGAUCAAUCGCGAGAGAUUGCGAAGCGGCGAACGGGUUAAUCGUCGCGUAA